UCAUGAUACGACGUCCCUAGGAAUGACUCAGUGUGCACAUCUGCGUAUUUCCGGUGUGAUGAAAUCAUUCUUUAGCGUGUAGCCGUACAAGACGUUCAUUCCACUGACUCACGCUAUUGACUCGCCGAUCAGACGAUGGCGGAGUCCGACUGCACGAGCGGACCGAGUAUGGACGGCAACUUCACCGCCACCGAGUGUCCCAUCUGUAUGAACGUCUUCGACGACUACCGCGUCCCGCUCGCCACUCCGUGCGGCCACACGUUCUGUUGCGUGUGCUCCAUACACUUGGCACAGAAAGGCACACCGCUUGUGUGUCCUCUCUGCAGAGAGACAAUCGAAAGCGUGCAGCAGCUCAGACUCAAUGUAGCACUGCGAGAUCUCAUCGAUCAAGUGAGAGCUGUCUCAUUGCGUCGCUCUAAGAGCCAGAUGAGCAGCUCGGCUGUUUCAUUUCCGAGUGUCGACUUGAGUACCGUUGUGCUCGAGGAGUUGCUCGAUACGGGCGCGUUUGGCGAGGUGCACCGCGCGCGUUGGCGGAAUGGUGUGGUCGCUGUGAAGGUGAUCCGAGCGAAGGACAUGACGCCGCAAGCCGUGGAGACGUUCUAUCGCGAGGUCGAGGUCAUGAACUGUUUGCGACAUCCGAAUGUUGUGAUCAUGUUGGCUGCGUGUACAGAGAUGCCGAAGUUGGGCAUUGUGAUGGAGUAUGUCGGUGGUGGCAGCCUGUACCGCCUACUGCAUGUCCGGCAGCGAAAGUUGGCGGAUGGGCAGAUCAAGGAAUUAGCACUUGAUGUGACGCAUGGGAUACAGUAUCUACAUUCCAUCAACAUCAUGCACAGAGAUUUGAAAAGCAAGAAUGUGCUGUUGACGGACACAAAGCCUGCCGUUGCUAAGCUUUGUGACUUCGGUUUGUCUCGAAUGCGACUCGAGACUGCAACCAUGACGGGCAAUAUCGGCACUGCACAGUGGACUGCACCAGAGAUUCUCAAGGAGUCAAGAUACACAUUCAAGGCUGAUCUGUAUAGUUUUGGUAUCGUGCUUGUUGAGAUGGUAAGCAACCAGGUGCCAUUUCCUGGUAUGCAUCCUCUGGCUAUUGUUAUGGCUGUUGGAAUGAAAAAGAAGAAGCCAGCAAUUCCCAAGAAUGUUCAUCCGUUACUGGCACACUUAAUCCAUUGUUGUCUUGAGUGGGAUCCUGACAAUCGAGCUUCAUUACCUGUUAUUAUGAGCAUGUUGAAUGCAUUUGAUGCAGGAGAUUCUGAGCAGCUUGAUGUCACAGAGAAGGUGGGUGAGCUAAAUCACCAACCAAGUUUUGACAGUUUGAUGAGAACCAGUGAUGCUCAUAAUGAACAUUUGAGCGAAAAUCAUUUUGAUGCUAAUAUCAUGUCUUUGGACCCGAGGCAUCUAGAGCAGGGCAGUGCCCUGCAGCAGUCAGCAGCACCAUGUGCAGGUUAUGAUUGGAAAAUGAAUGGGUUUAUAGAGAAGGACAUUGAUCCUCAGAUUGCUGCAGAUCUUGCAUUAGCAUUGCAAUUGCAGAAAGAAGAGCAGCAGCAGGCAAGUCUCACUGUGUUGGCGGAUAGUUUUUAUGUUGCUUAUGUUGAUGUUAUGUAACAGGCUAACACUGCUGGAGAUUCUGAUCUUGCUCGACAGUUACAUCACAUUGAAGGAGCUAAAGCAGAUCGUGGGGUUGCAUCUGUAAAUCUCGAAGGUGGUGAACGUCUUCCUUUUCAUCCAAAUGGUGUAUUCCUUGGUGAACUCAGAGAUGUAAUCAAGGGUAAACAAGGAAAGCAAGUAGUCCAACAGGAGGUGAAUGAUCGCAAAGUGGUGACAUCUCCACACAGUGAAUCUGUUCAAGGAACAGCAAAUGAAAAUGUCGAGCCAUCUGCUUGUGCUGAUGUAUCUCCUGCUCUGUCAUCCCUGAUUCGAAGUCCAAGCAAAUCCAAGUCACUUCGUAGCUACUUGCCACCUCUGAAUGAAAAUGCAGAGGCAGAGAAACACCAUCCAAAGCCGUACUUGUCUGGUGUUCGCUUAUUCGACCACAACGAAUUAAAGCAAGUUCAAAUGCAAGAAAAGAAUACGUUGCCAUCGUGGGAAGCCGUUGCAUUGGAACAAAUGGCUAAUCAUGUUGCUGCUGCUCAUCAAACACACCAUCAGAGGCACACAUCGGAACCUUUUCUCUUGCCAUCCCAAUCCUCUUCCUUGUUGUUUGAGAGAUCAGAUAGUGGAUAUGAAAG